AGAGAAUAUGAGGCGGUUUAGGACACAACCUUCGCCUCUGUCCCUGAUUUACGAAUUGGAUGCAUGACCUGGAGUAGCUAUAGUGAGGAUUUCCUUCCCGGAACGUGGACUGACAAUACAAUGAACUUGUCGAAGCUUUAACAGCAGGUUUAUCGGAGUAAACAAACAAACGAACAAACAAAAACAACUCGGUUCUUAAAGGCGACGAGGUGCUUUCUUUGGGUGAAGAUGAAAAGGAUAACGGGAAAGACGAAAGAUGCCACUCUUCUAGAGAUGACCAACAAAGCGGACGCUCAUGUGGAAGAUGGCUUUGCAGUAUUGACAGGUUACAGGAAGACCUUUCUCGCAGACAAUAAUGGCAGUCUCCUCUCCACCUCAGACAAAGGGACACAACUGCCAGGCCAUCGGGAGAUUGAUAAGCUGCAGCAGAACAAUGACUCUGUGUAUUUCAGAGAUGGCAUACGACGCAUCGAUUUUGUCCUGUCCUACACUGACGACAAAGACGGAGACAAGAAAGCGGAGAGGAGAAGAGAGUUUGAAGCCAACCUUGAGAAGGCAGGUCUGGAGCUGGAGACUGAGGAUAAAUUGGAGUCAGAUGACCGUAAAACAUACUACCUGAAAAUUCAUGCGCCAUGGGAAGUCUUGGCCACCUAUGCAGAGGUGCUGAAGAUCAAGGUGCCGUUUAAGAAGACGGAUAUCCCGAAAGGAAGGGAAAUCUCACUGGCUUGGCUCACACAGCCCAUCCGCCUUCCCAGGAACAUCAUGAAGCCCGAACCUGAUUACUUCACUGCACCCUUCAACAAGAACAAAGUCGACUUCUUCCUGAUUGAGGACAGGGCGACCUUCUUCCCACCCUCCACCCGCAACAGGAUCGUCUAUUAUAUUCUUACACGAUGUCCAUACUACAAGAAGGAUCGAGUAGAUAGAGAAAAGACCGGAAUUAAGAGACUCCUGAACAAUGGCACCUACACAUCUGCCUACCCGCUCCAUGAUUGCCGCUAUUGGAAGAGAGCAAAGGAUCCACAGUGUGAGAGUGAGAGAUUUCACCUGUAUAAGUACUGGGCUCGCUUUCUCUGCUUCUACAAAGAACAACCUCUUAACCUCAUCAGGAAAUACUAUGGUGAGAAGAUUGGCAUCUAUUUUGCCUGGCUAGGCUUCUACACAGAGAUGCUGUUCUUUGCUGCUGUCAUGGGUGUCAUCUGUUUUGUCUACGGUUUGCUCAGCUAUGAUGAUAACAUAACAAGUAAAGAGAUCUGUGACUCCAGUAUUGGCGGAACCAUUGUCAUGUGUCCUCUGUGUGAUAAGAAAUGCACCUACUGGAAACUGAACUCAACUUGUUUGUCAUCAUGGCAAUCCCAUCUAUUUGACAAUGAAGGAACAGUGUUCUUUGCCAUCUUCAUGGGAAUUUGGGUAACUCUAUUUCUGGAAUUAUGGAAGCGGAGGCAGGCGAGGCUGGAGUACGAGUGGGACUUAGUGGAUUUUGAAGAGGAGCAGCAGCAGCUUCAGAUCAGACCCGAGUUCGAGUUGAAGUGCACCGACCGCCGUCCCAAUCGUGUCACACAGGAAAUGGAGCCAUAUUUGCCUUUAACCAGCAAGUGUGCUCGCUUCUGCUUCUCUGGAGCUACAGUUUUGUUCUGGACAUUCCUGAUCGUGGCCUGUAUAAUGGGAGUGAUUGCAUACAGGUUAGCAGUUUAUGCUGCUUUCGCUAGCAUAAUGAAGGAUAGCACAACCAGCAAGAUCCAGCUUGUGGGAUCUCUGAUUACUCCACAGUUGGCCACCUCAGUUACAGCAUCCUGCAUCAAUUUUGUUAUCAUCCUCAUCCUCAACUUGCUCUAUGAGCACGUGGCUAUACGGAUUACUGAUAUGGAAAUCCCCAAGACACAUAUGGAAUAUGAGAACAAGCUGACCAUGAAGAUGUUCAUGUUCCAAUUUGUCAACUACUACUCUUCCUGCUUCUAUGUUGCCUUCUUUAAAGGCAAGUUUGUGGGUUACCCAGGCAACUACACCUACAUGAUUGGGAAAUGGAGUAAACUGAGAAAUGAGGAGUGUGCUCCAGGGGGCUGUCUGAUAGAACUCACCACUCAGCUAGUGAUUGUCAUGACAGGGAAACAACUGGUGGGAAAUAUCCAGGAGGCCUUGUUACCGUUACUAAAGAACUGGUGGAUCAGCAGGAAAGGUCGAAACCAUCCAGAGAACAGGUACAGCCGAUGGGAGCAGGACCAUGACUUGCAAAGCUUUGGCCAAUUUGGUCUCUUCUACGAGUACCUAGAGAUGGUGAUCCAGUUUGGUUUCAUCACAUUAUUUGUGGCUUCAUUUCCACUUGCUCCACUUCUUGCUCUCUUUAACAACAUCCUGGAGGUGCGAGUGGAUGCAUGGAAGUUCACGACACAGUUCCGUAGGCCUGUGGCGGCCAAGGCACGGAACAUUGGAGCCUGGCAGGAGAUCCUAAAUGUGGUGGCUAUUUUAUCUGUUGUCACAAAUGCCUUCAUCAUGGCGUUUACCUCUGAUAUGAUCCCUCGUCUAGUCUACCUAUACGCCUACCGCCUUGAUGAUGAGCCCACUAUGAAGGGCUACAUUAACAACAGCCUUUCAGUGUAUGAAAUCUCCAAACUCAAUCCAGAAAACAAACCAGAUGAUGAAGAGAACCCCUCCUGGUUCAAUGAGUCUAUCAUCACACAAUGCAGAUAUCGAGACUACCGCUAUCCACCAGGCCACGAGAGGGAAUAUUCACAAACCAUGCAGUUCUGGCAUAUUCUUGCAGCCAGGAUGGCCUUUAUUAUCAUCAUGGAGCAUGUGGUGUUUGUGGUGAAGUUCUUCGUGGCGUGGCUGAUCCCUGACGUGCCGUCAGAAGUUAAGGACCGCGUAAAGCACGAGCGCUACCUGGUGCAGGAGUACCUGCACGACUACGACGUGAAGAAGAUCACACUGCAGCUCAGCCAGAGUCAGACCACAGACCUCUGUCAUACGACAGAGAGCAGCUCCCUGCUCCCUCCAGACAAGAUUGAAGUCCUGUCUGAAUGUAUCUAAAGAGCCCUGAGCCUGCAGGAGCCUGAAGGGGUGCCAACCAGUCAUGAGUAUAUGGAGUGUGAUCAACACCACACCAUGCUGUACUGCAUGUGUAAUCAAAGAACUAGCCUGCCUGUAGCCUUAUCUCUCUUGGAACCACGAUAAACUCACUUUCUAUUAAAAAGAGGAAGAUGAGGCCAAGCCGGGAUCUUGUGGCUCUCUCUAUUUUACUCUCAUUUGCAGUGCACUCUGACUCUUGUCUCUCUAGUAUGCAGUGCUCUGUCAGUAUUUGUGAUUGCUGUGAUGGGCGUGAUGUUUGGCGGAUUUCAUGAUUUGGACAGCACUCUGAACUGACUCUCUGGUCAUUUUGCCUUGUAAACCAAUGGCAAGUAAAGGUAAAAUGUGAACAUUCAAGUAUGAUUAUAUGAUAUAUGAAGAAUUCCCUUAGAGACAAAUAAGCUUUUAUUCUGUUUUAUUAGAUAUUAUUCUCCUGUUUCCGUUUUUCAGCAGAAGCUGCCCACAUGUGUUGCACUGUAUGGAUUUAUUUUCUUUAGUUAUUUUUGUGCCUCUGUUCAACUGCAGAGUUCUGCUUGCUCAUCAUUUUUAAAACUACACUGUGUGUCUUUAAGACCUUAAUUUCAAAUGACUGUAGUGUAAACCCUUUUUGAGUAUGAUACCAAUCCAAACAAUCAUGCUGUACUGAUCACAAGUGAGGUCUGUCAUGUUCUCUGCAGAACUUAUGCAACCUUAAGUCUUCUUUUUUAACAUAAUGAUAGGUUCUAUGGUAUGUGUACUGGGUUAGAGUUGCGGAUGAAAUGGUGCAAUAUGUACAACAUUUACAUUAAACAGUUAAUUUAACUGUUAAAUCUGUUACCACAGAAAAACUGUACAGGAUUACACUAAAUAUUUGAUGAACACAUUAACAGUUUUCUGACAGGAGCCGGAUUUUUACUAAAGAGCUCUUUAGUAAACUGGAAUGAAUGUAUUGCACUACGAUGUGUUUGAAUAGGUGAUGUGUAUAUAUAGAUAGAUAGUGAGUGAUCUAUCCUAAAAAAAGAAAUGCUGAAUUUUAUAUAUACACAGACUCCAAAGAGCAACAAAACCUUUUUUGAGGUACAGGUGUGCUUUUAGUUCUCCAAAAUUCAAGAAUAUACAAGCUUCAUUCUUAAUUGUCACAUUCUCUAUUACAGGUAUUACAACGUAACAAAAAACAAAUACAUCAGAGAAAUAGCUAACUGCUAUGUUAAAUUCCAGAAAAAACAGUAAAAAUUAAACAAAACCUUGAGACGCUCAGUAUGUUCUUACAAGUCUGGUAUGAACAGAAGCAAUGAAGAGCCACAUCCAGAGGUGUUUUGAACAUUAGAGACAUUUCCAUCGCAUGUCUCCUUGUCUCACAUCUAAUCAUGUAUAGGUUUUGUUUAUGUAUUUCUUUUGUGUUCUUAGCAGUUCAAGUUUCAGACAAUGCUGUGUUUAUAAGCCCUGGAGAAGACUUGUAAAACACUAAGAUCUCUGCAGGACUGAAUGAGAAGUUUCAGGAAGUUUUUUUCAUAUUCAUUGAGCUAUAUACUGUUAAAUUUGUUAUCGCAAUGCUACAUACAAUUGUUUAUCACUUCUACUAGUCUUAUUUAUUCCCUCCAUCAUUUUGUGAAAAGUAUGUGUAUGAUGUUAAACUGUCUUUGCAUAUACUGCAGCUGUGUAUGUUGGUAUUAUAUCUUUUCUGAUGUACUUCGAAAAUAAUGUUUAAGUCAUUCUUUCCUUUUGUAUUGUUGCUGAUGGGGAACACAUAUGACUCAGAAUUUCGUUGAAAGAAAUAGACUGUUCCGUGCUUAAUGACGAUUUGGAGAAAUAUAGGUUUGGAGCCCCCUAUAGCUGGCUUAAGUGUGUAUCUCAGGGAAGUUAAUCUUCCACUGAUCAGAAACGGCUGGUGUGUGCUGUUGUAUCUGUAAGUGUUUGGGUGAAGUUUGCAUCUGCCUUAUAAUGUUUCCUCUUGUCCUUUUUUUUUUUUUGGCUCAUUGAUUCAUCUUUUGAAUAAUGGUGCUAUUUAACCAUUUAAUUCUUUGUAUGUGAUCUUAUGCCCCAUGUUCCUACUACUUGAGUUGCAUGAAAAUAAACCUAUAAAAUUUUUCACAUAA